GUAUAGCCUCAGGGCCUACGGAAAGACCUAUAUUACUCCGCCUGACUCACGAAAACGCAGUGUUGUGAAUGCGAGUGCCACUAGAGAAGAUGACCGUCGGCAAGACCUACGUGCUGGAGUUGGCCGUGUUGGUAGGAUUCCUGGCCUCCUGCUGCGAAGGCGGUGAUUCGCCAAUCAUCUUCCCUACCCUCAAGGAAGGCAGGUGCCCCAUAAUCCGCGACGAGUGCCCACCCCCCGGUAGGAUCUCUCCCCCGAAAUGCAUCGACGAUGCCAGCUGUUCAGGGGAAAACAAAUGCUGCUUCGACAUCUGUCUCAGGCGGAACACGUGUAAACCCCCCAGGUUCCUCUUGUAAAGGGCAUGGAGAAGAGCUCUGUGGUUUUAUUAUGGUCGGGAUGUUCUGUGUCUUCUCUGUACACGUUAACUUCGUGGCUCAUUCUCUUGCAAGGUCUGUUUAGGUAUUUGUAUACACGUUUCUCUCUCCCUUGUGCAAUAGAAAAUUCACAGUGUAAUGCACUGUCUGGUAGAAGACGAACGGAUUAAAUGUUCAUAUUUGACA